AUGCUGCCACCGAAGGCGCUUUCCUCUUUGCAUAAGUCUGCAAGUUGGCUGUUUGCCGUACCUGCAGCGCUCUACACCCUCCAAAAUCGGCUGGUGUUUGAGGCGCUACAUUUCAUCUCACCACCAGAGUACCAGCUCCUGAACAACAUGAAGCUUUUCACCACCUCCCUGGUGUUCCGGGUGGUCAUGAAGCGUCAGCUGCGGGUGUUCCAAUGGUUGGCCUUGUUGCUCUUGGGUUUGGGCAUGGCAUUAGCCACCACACCCAAACCUGGAUCUACGACUCAAGAGGCCAGUCGUGAGACAGCAGCGGAGGGAUACUUGGCAGGCUUUGACAGCUCCAUGCUUCCGUGGAGUGUUGUCCUCUGCAAUGCCGUUCUGGGUCAGUCCAUCGCUUUUCUUUUCAGGUAUGCUGAUUCCAUUGUGAAGCUCUACGCAGUUUGUGCGGCCAUGGCCCUCACCGCCAUUUUAUCGUCAAUUUUCCUGAGCUAUUCCUUGGAUUUUCAUACCCUGGGUGGCUACUUGGUGACUUUCCUCUCCAUGUGUUUGUACUACCUGCCCCCCGGACGUGCUCUUCUCCAGCGACACGGACUUCUUUCACGGGCUCACCCACACGCGGAAAACCCAGUGAUUGGAGGAAGCCGGAGAGUCGAAAAGCCUCUCAGGCGGCAGCGGCCGGAGAAAAUGCAGCUCAGCGACCGGAGGGCGAAACCAUGUACAUCUAUGAACGGUCCAACAUGGAGUGCUGGUGCUUGUGUUGAUCAUUGUUAG